GUCUAUGCAACAUGGUGGAGAUAGCCAAAUGGAACUCAGGAUUCAUCAGCGGCUUCAACAGCAGCUCCAGCAGCUGAAUUCAAGCUUGUCGGACCCCAUGACUGCUGACAUGAGCGGCUCCGGAUGUGGCGCAGGCUCCUUGCCUAGCUCCUUGACUUGUGGCCUGGAAGGCGCUCAGCGUGCUGCCCUUUACCGCGACAUGGAGCCCACUGACUCGGAGGGCCCGGACUUAAGCUGGAUCGACCAAAUUGUGAUGGAGGACGGCCUGGAAGUCCCGGAUGAAUUCGCCCGCGCUAUUGUCAGCAAGACUGCUACAAAAUAUCGAACGGAAUUCCUUCAUGGCGUUGUUUGUUAAAUGUGCGCCGAACUCCUCGAUCAUGGGAACUUAGCGGGCAAGUCGAGCCAGGUUUGCAAGCUGUGCAUGCUGCUCCAUACAUGCUACGGAUAAAUUGUUUAUUCGAUGCUGAUAUGAUGCGCAAACCUGU